AUACACAGACAGACUCUCUCUCUCAGCGGCUGAACUCAUCAUCACAGAGGAACAGACGAGCUGUCAAUGAGACUCACUCGGAUAUGUCGCUUUUAAUCCACUUUCUAACUUUUCUGGGUGAGUUUAUGUUUGAGUUUUUUUCGCAUCUUCUUGGUGAAAACUGCUCAGAUAUCUUUACUGAAGGGAAUUUCAUCAUCUGUUGCUGCAGAAAUGCUCUCUGCUCUGUACAGCAGCAACAGAUGUAAUGAAAGCCAUAUGAAAACCAUUACUCACGUUUGCUGCUGAGAAAUGAGUUAAAGACGAAGGGGGGAAAAAGGGAUUGUGCAACAUCAACCAUGUGACUUUGAUUUAAUUUAUUACUUUUAAUUAAAAAAAAAAAAAGAAAAAAUCAUAAAUUAAGAAACUAAUAUAUAAACAAAUGAUAUUUUUUCUUCCUCGCAGCUCUAUGGAGUCCCAUCAGGGCUCAGUUUCCAGAGUUUGCAGAUGUGUGCACAGAGGGCAGCUGUUAUCCGGCCACAGGUGACCUCCUCAUCGGCCGUUCGCACAAACUCACCGCCUCGUCCACAUGCGGAAUUAAGGGACCCGAGCGGUUCUGCAUCGUGGGACAUCUGGAGGUAAGAGACCAGCUGCUGGAGCUCCAAACUUUUGUAGACGAGCUGUGAACUUUUGUGUGAGAAAUCCUAAAAUUUGGUCUUAAAUUUCAGUUUUUGAUGGCUCCAAAUUAAAGGUUUUGCACGGUUUUUGUUGCAAAUGUUGUUUUUUUGCUAUAAAUAAUUUUUUUUUUUAUUUCAGCCUUCUUACAAAACCCUCAUUUCAAGGAGUGUGACAGAUUCUACUCUUGUGAUCUUGAACUCCUGCACAAAAAAGCUACUGUUAGGAGACUGUCUUUCCUAUCUGCUAGGAACAAAUAAGCCCCAAAACUCUCCUUGGCCUUAGAGGGAUCAUCUUGUUUUAUAGUUUGAUUCAGUUUUAAACCGCACAGAGUGACAAUGUUUCUCCUACAUGCUCCUUCUUUUUCCCUUUUUUUUUGCAUUUAGGCCUUAAAACUGCAAUCAAGUAUCUGACUUUCUACAGCAUUUAUACAUUUGAGCAACAAACUGCUUUAUUUGGGAAAAGAAAAGAGAAAGGAUAAGUGUUAAACUCACAAAGAUACAGUUAUAAAAAAAAAAAAAAAAAAAAAAGAUACAGUUAUAAGUGAAUAAAAAGACAGAAAAGGAGGGCAUUUAUUACUGUGUCACAUGCAUUCCUCCACAAAUUCUGCAUGAAAUUCAUCACAUGUCGUCAAACAACAGAGAGAGAGCAGAAAACAUGAGAAAAAAGCUCCUUUGACGUUUUAUUCAUACUGCUCUAUUGUCAUAAAUUUGACACUCUGUUGUUUUACAGACUUAUUAACCACAACAGCUCGGUGUAGGGUCCUCAAAAACUUACAAUGUAUCUCAUAUUACUAAAACAUAAUUUUUCAUCCAACCUCUGCCAGUUUCUUUGUUGCCUUCAGGGACAAGAAGGAGAAGUGGCAGUGUGUGUCUGAGAGAGAAGAAUGCUGUUCAGCAUUUAGACUAUUAUCUAUGUUAUCUCAGCAACCAUUGGUUAUUAGUCGUGUGAAUUACUAAUUAACAAUAUGUGCUGACCCUGAAAAACGAAUAUAAGUCAAUUCUUGGUGUCGAGAUAUGUUUUAUAUCGAUAUUGUUUUAGGUUGAAGUUGAACUGAAGCCCGUCUUUGUGUGUUUAAGGGUCACAAGUUCACUGAUCAUUUGAUGGGACAUCACAGCUUAAAUGUACAGAUGCUGUCAGAAAUUACAUUUAGAGAUUAGAGAUCCAUUUUAAAUGUAUCCUGAUAAACAACAUUUACAUACAGUUUGACUUUUUUAGUGUUUGGAAAUGCAUCUAAGUCAGGGCAAACUCAUAUCUAAAUGACAGAUCUGUUUUUACCUGAUGUGUAAAAGACUUCAUCACUAGCAUAUUUGUGAAUUUGAUAUUCAGAGAAGAUAUUUAAGCUAUUAAAAUAAAUCCAAUCCACUUUAUUUAUAUGGCACAUUUUAAAAACAUAAAAGCAUAAAAGACAUAAAAGGACAGAGAUCAAAUAUGGAAAAACAGAAGAGGACCCAAGGAUGAGCCAGGUGGAACUCCCUUUUGGAUUAUAACGUAAUCUGAUUUACUUCUAUUGACACUGACACACUUGUAUUGAGUGAUUGGUUGAAAAACCUAAUGGAAUAAAGUUUGUUGAGGGGUAGAUAAUGAUUUUAAAAGUUUUAGUGAAUUUGAAGAAGAGUUUACUGUUCCCAGUGAAAAAGAUGGAAACUUUAAAAGUGGGAAAGUGGAGAGCAACCAGUGGGUGGCUUGUUUCCCAGACACAGAAUGAAUGUCACAUCGACAGAAAAUGUGUUUUAGCAGUUCAAUAUUUAAAGGUGCAACUUGACUGUUUAUAGUCUGAACUUUAAAAAAAACCUUUCUUGUGAUUAUCAGAAAAAUGGAGAGAGUCUUUGUCAGUUAGAGCCAAAAGCUGUGUCUUGAAAUUGUUUGACAAACUUUUGGCAUUUUGACCAACACAGUCCCUUAAACAAAAUCAAAUUACCAGACUUUCAAUCUACCAAUCAACUGACCAAUUGUAGAUUGAGCUCUCUAUCAGGACUCUUUAGAUCGUGUGAGUGUGACACACAUGUACAGUAUCUGCCCGCUGUCUCGUUGAGUGGGAGUUCAGACAUUCCUCUCCACAAUAAAAGCCCUGUGUGUUCCUCACAAUCCCUCCCUCUGUGCGUGUCUGUGUGUGUGAUGUCCGAGGGCGAGGCAGAGGAGAUUCUCUCUUUAUCAAAAACCCUUCAGCGAACUCUCCGUGUGAAUGCUGUCCUUGAAAAUGAAAUCUCAGACACAGCGUGGAGCCGCUCUGGGCUUCCUGAGGAUGAGCACAGCACUCAAGUAUGAGUUGAGGAUGAGGAUGAUGAGGAGGAGGAGGAAGAAGGGGGCAUAGAGGAGGAAGUUAGCUUCCAGUAGGGCCACUUAGUGAAACUCUGCUCACAUUACAGCACAGACGGAGUUGGCAGAGACUCGGUGGGAUUGAGAAACUUGUCCUGUUUAUUCACACACUGCAAUUCUGGGAGAUUUAGAGUUCAGUUUGUGUACGUGCCAAACAUCUGGCACGCAGGCGGGGCUUCAGCUGGUGAUAAAUGAGGUGAAAACAUUAUUUAACAAAGACCAGAAACUUGAUAUAUGCACUAUUAAAAGUCACUUUAACUGGAUCAUUUUCUCCCAGAUAAAAAAACACAGGCAAAAAGUUUGUGGACGCCUCAUGUUUCUAAUCAGUGACCAUGAAUGUCCAGCCAAAACAGCAUCCAUGACUCCGCUUACGGGCUUUGUAGAAGACUUCAGAGCAGCUGUUAGGCCAUGUUUGUGUGGCCUAACAGGAUAUUGUGUUAGUAAAGGCUAGGAUCUCACUUGGUAAGACAUUGGGUGUGGUCGAGGUCGUCGUUGUUGUUUUCUUCCGCUCCCAGGUCCGGGUCGCAGGGGCACCAGCUUCAGGAGGGAGGCCCAGACGGCCCUCACCCCAGCCACUUCCACCAGCUCCUCCGGGGGGAUUCCCAGGCCAGGCGUUAGAUAUAAUCCCUCCACCUGGUCCUGGGCCGGCCACGAGGUCUCCUCCCGGUGGGACAUAAAUGGAACACCUCUAACGGGAGGCGUCCAGAAGGCAUCCUAACCAAAUGCCCAAGCCACCUCAGCUGACUUCUCUCGACAUGGAGGAGCAGCGCCUCCCGAGUGUCCGAGCUCCUUACCCUAUCUCUAAGGCUGAGCCCAGCCACCCUGCGAAGGAAACCCAUUUCGGCCGCUUGUAUCCGCGAUCUUGUUCUUUCGGUCAUUACCCAAAGUUCAUGACCAUAGGUGUAGAUCGACCGGUAAAUCGAGAGUCUCGCCUUACGGCUCAGCUCUUUCUUCACCACGACUGAUCGGUUAAGCGUCCGCAUCACUGCUGAUGCCACUCCGAUCCGCCUGUUGAUCUCCCGCUCCAUCCUACCCUCACUUGUGAACAAGAUCCCGAUACACUUGAACUCCUUCACUUGAGGCAGGACCGCCCCUCCGACCUGGAGAAGGCAAUCUACCUUUUUUACCUUUUUCCGACUGAGGACCAUGGCCUCAGACUUGGAGGUGCUGAUUCGGACCCAAGCCGCUUCAUACUGAAGGUCACUGCUCGAUGAAGCUAGAAGUACCACAUCAUCCACAAAAAGCAGCGACGCGAUCCUCUGCCUGCCAAACUGGACACCCUCCACCCCCCGGCUGCGCCUAGAAAUUCUGUUCACUAAGGUUAUGAACAGAAUCGAUGACAAAGGUCAGCCCUGGUGGAGUCCAAGUGGUCGAGGUCAAGUCAAGCAAAACUAUUUCUUAAUUAAGCUCGCUUUGAUAAAAAAAAUCACGUCGCUGAGAAGCAGCAAAGAGUUUCACUAUUUCAACAAUAAUUCCAUCAGUGUUGUGCACAAAGUUGAUUUCCAAACUCCCAUCCCUCCUUGAUUUUGAUUGGUUGGUAAUGAAGUUAAAGUGAUAACCCUGAGACAAAAACAGCUGAUGACAAGGAAGAUUUUAUACUUAGGCCCUAACAAAAAGUUACAGCCCUUGUAGACACAAAGAAAAACACUGUGAAAACAGGUCCCAACAUAGCAAAUAAAUAAAAUCAUAAGUUACAGACCUCAAGGGAGUCAAGGAAAGUUUCAUUCUCCUUUGCCAAAUCUUGAUUAAUCCAGUUGUUUAUGUACAUGGCAAAUAUUAUUGGAGGUUUUCUUUGGACCUACUUUCUAUAGAAAAUGCCCAUUUAUAAUGCGUUUGGUAUCAUGUUUCAAGUCUGAAUCACUUUGUUGUGUUAGUGUCCUGGAAGGUACCUCAGAACCGAAUUGUAGAGUGAAAAUGACCAACAUGUAAUAGUAUUUUUGUUCUGUAAUUUGUCCGAAAUGACCCUUAAAUAUUCUCUACAUUGUCUGUCCAUCAGGAGGACACAAAAUGUUUCACAUGCGACUCCAGGAAAAAGUAUGACGAGGACAACAACCCCAUCAGCCACACCAUCGAGGACGUGGUCACUACCUUCGCCCACAACCGCCUCAAGACCUGGUGGCAGUCAGAAAACGGUGAGACCUGAAAAACAAACGAGAAAAAUAAGGAGGUUUGUUUGUUUGUUUGUUCCUGAAUGAAAGAGUGAGAUUUCCUGCUCACUAAAAAAGCUGUGUAGCGUGUGAGCUCUCGGUGACUCUGUUCUCAUGGGAAACAAAGCUCAGUAAUGACUAGACAGGAGAUCACAGAGCCUCUCCCUGCAGCCAAUCACAGCAGACCGAGGGGGCGGGGCUUACAGGUUUGCUGAGGAGAACAGGUGUGAGGAUCAGAAACAGAUGUGUGUCAUCGCUUGAACACACACAGGCCUUAAAGGUGGGAAAAAGAGGAAGAGCGUAAUGAGAAAGCAGCGGUUCAGGGACUUCACACAGUGAGAAUGAGGGACUGUUUCUACUCUCACACUUAAAUUCACCUUGAAGCCAGGUGUAUAUAUAUAAACAUACAACCCCACAGAAGAGCAAUAAAACACAUUCUUUCCAUAUGGAAAAAAAAAACAGUAAUAUAUUUUACUGAAGAGGUGCUGUGAGUGUGUUUGGUUUGAUUUAAAUUGAAAGUACAAUCUGAUUAAAGAAAGUUAGACUUUGUAAAUGUUAAAGUUUCUGUAGGGAAUUUUCAAUAAAUGAUUGUGCAGAUUGAAAACCAUAAAAAAGAAAGGCUAAUAGAAAAUGAUUUAAACUAUUUUCAGUGUCUCUCUUUCUUUCUUAGUUUUCUUUGUUUAAGAUAGAAAAAUGACACGUCUGCGCUCGUGUUUAAACCAACAAAAAAGUUAAAGACAUCAAUGUUUUACCACAUGCAGCUUUCUCCCAAACAUCUAAGAUCCACAAAGUUCAUGUUUAAGUCAUAAGCAACAUUUUAAACGUUUUUUAGCGCCCAUGAGCACAGCCUUCAAUUUGAAAAAAAAAGUAGAGUAACUAAAGUAGACAUACCAUUUCAAUAGACUGAGGUCAUUUGUUUUCCCUGCUGAACACUAACUCAUGCAGAAAACACUGAUUAGCCCGGUUAAAAACAAAAAAACAGACUUUAAUUACAUUCAUUAAAGGAACAACAAUCACCAUCACAUCACCCUGAAUUUGAGCCUUAAAAGAAACAGCUGAGUUCACAGACUGACAUCUCUUUUCCCCUCUUUGCUCCCACAUUCAUGCUGCACAUUCACACACUGUUGCCUGACGGUGGUGGGAAUAUGUCAGAGGCAUGAGUCAUGGAGGGAGAAUCGGCCAGCAGUGCAGAUGUCUCUAAUUCAGCAGGAAGCUGAAGACUCACACACACUGGCUUUGCUUGAGAUUUCCUAAUUCCCUCGCUGCAGUCCUCCUGUUCGAUCAUCUUGCUGUGUUGGGAAGCUCUUGCAGUUGACAUUAAGUUUAAAUAAUCCAUUUAUAGGUGUGUUAUAAGUGGAGAUCACUAAAUUAUAUCACACAUAAACUCACCAUUUAGAGAUAAAGAUAGCAAACCAAAAUAACUGAAUAACUGCAGCAAGUUCUUGUUUAAGUUAUAAGCAGCAUUUUUAACAUUUUCUAAGCGCCCAUGAGCACAGCCUUCAAUCUGAAAAAGAAAAGAGAGUAAAUAAAGGUAGAAGUUGAGUUUUGGUUGCACAGAAAGAAGUUACUCGGAUGAUUUGUUGGUGUGUGGGAAUGUAAAGAAAACCAGCAGAUUCAGCUGCGUAAACAAGCGCAGAUGUAAAUAUUUAAGAGGGUUUAAGUGUGUGAGAAAGUCCAUACAGAGCGAGUUGACAGUUUUAUUGGUGAGUUUUUACGACCCGUGUAGCUCUGAUUGUUCAUUUCUUGCGCAUCUAUCUUUUCACCUGCAGGUGUCGAGAACGUGACCAUCCAGCUGGACCUAGAGGCCGAGUUUCAUUUCACACAUCUUAUCAUGACCUUCAAGGUAUUUACUCUUCCCUUCUGCUGAUCUCACACGAACACACAUCCAUCAUACAAAUACCCCUGUACCCAUGGCACGGAGAUAAACACAGCCCUCGUACAGCUGUGGUGGAGGAAUGUGGAAAAUCAUCCUGGUCUCUAGAGAACGGUGGGAAGAAAAAGGGAGGAGGGAGAGGAGGAUGAGGAGUGAAAUCAUCUCCACCACAUGGUCGGCUAUGAUGGUGGCCAGCUGGAUUCGUGCCAGUUACUCUGCAUGAAAUUACACACUUUCCAUGUGGUUCCUGUUGAAGAGGUGAUGGCAGGAAAGAUUAACCCGUUUAACGGCCCCCACCCUAUCAGGACUAUUAUCACUUUAAAUCUCAGUCAUGUGUAUAAGUGGUGUUUUCACAUUUUUAUGGAUGGAAAAGGUAAUUUAUCCAAAUUAAAACCUUGUCUGCUACUCAUUUUGCUGAAUUGAGAGUAUUGAAAGCUUGUUUUUCUGAUCAAUUACCCCAAACUUGCAACGAUUAUGAGAAGAAAUAAACAGGAAGUUAAGAAACAUUCAAUUUCCAGGUUAUGGAAACAAGAGUUAAACUCUAACAAUGACUGUAAUCUGAAGGUAGAAGAUGCAAAGUUAUAUAUCCUUUUAAAGAUGUUCAACUCUUUUUUUAAAUGAUGGAAAAAAACAACUUGGAGUUUUAGAUAUGAUAAAAUUUGGUUUUCCUGAUGAAAAAAGCAAUAAAAGAUGUUUUAAAGACACUGGAUGGAAAAAUUAAAUGCACCAAAUACAAGAGAAAUAAAAAAAUAAAAAACUUCAAUUCACUUCACUUUAACUUUAUUAUGUCCCAAAAAAGGGCAAAUCGGGUUGCAGCAGGCACAGACAUUUAAAACACUGCCAUACAUCAUAAAAAUAAAUAAAUAAAAUGAAAUUCAUCUACAUAAAAAAACAGCUCAGGAGGUAAAAAGUAUUAAAGAUGAUUUAGAAGGUAAAAAGAAAAGCAAAUGUCAGUCAUACCAGUACUUUGCAUGAACAGAGUGCAAUGUGCGGUUUGCUAGUAAGAUACAGUAUUCUGCCCAUUAUUAACAAAAUUAUCCGUCUUUCUGUUUCUAGACUUUUCGGCCAGCUGCCAUGAUUAUCGAACGAUCGAUGGACUUCGGAAAGUCGUGGCAGGUUUACCGUUAUUUCGCUUACGACUGUGACACGUCUUUCCCUGGUGUGUCCUCCGGAGCGAUGGUCAAAGUGGACGAAAUCAUCUGCGACUCCAGAUACUCAGACAUCGAACCGUCCACGGAGGGAGAGGUGAAUUAUAUGUUUCCUCUAAAUCCUCUAAAUCCUGGAUUUAAAUAUUAGAAUCCAAAAUCCAAAUAGUCACAGAGGUGUUAGUCUGGACUGAUGAACAUUUCCUUUCUUCUCUAUCAGGUGAUAUUUCGUGUGCUGGACCCAGCCUUUAAGAUUGAAGACCCAUACAGUCUGAGAAUUCAGAGUAAGAAGCAUAUACAUGUAUCACAUACCCUAAACUCUUUGUAUACAUGAGAGCUUCACAACCACUUGUAAGUCAUCCCUAUAGUAAAGAUAUUGAAACUCUCAAUUUUCUUACUUGGCCUUUGGGAUUUAUCUUCAAAGUUUUUUAUUAAAUAAAACCGAAACCCGCCUGCAGAGUUUUGGAAACACAAAUGUUAACUUUUUAGAGCUGUUUCUCGAAACUCUUAGCCUCUACAGUCCAGGUGACUCCCACCUGGAGCAGAGCAGCAGCAGGUCAGAGGUCAAGCAGACAGAGCACUCCGUGGAAUUUCACAUGUAGGAGCGUCUUUUGCACACUCACCUGCAUCCAGACUGAGACGUACUCACACACACAUGCAGAGGCCUAAUGUUGAAUAUGUGGUGAAAGCUGUGGGUGUGUGAGGAACAGCAGCGGCUAACUCAGCGAGAAAGUUGAAAAAAACAGAACAAAUCACUUUUCCUAGUGUAUGUUUAAAGAAGAGACAUUAACCUCAGACAUAAAAAGAAAAAAGACUUAGUUGGCACGCUGAAUCAAAGCACCAAACACUUAAAUCUUAUAAAGAAGUUCUGUUGUGUGUGUGCAGACAUGCUAAAGAUCACUAACCUCCGGGUGAAGUUCAUCAAGCUCCACACUCUGGGUGACAACCUGCUGGACUCCCGGGAUGAGGUGACAGAGAAGUACUACUACUCUCUCUACGAUAUGGUCGUGCGUGGAAACUGCUUCUGCUACGGCCACGCCUCGGAGUGCGCCCCCAUCGAUGGAGCCCCGACUGGAGCUGAGGGAAUGGUACGGUACACAAACACAAUGACAGAGAGAAAUGAAUACACAGAGCAUGCAGAGUUAGAGUUUUCACAACUUUUAAAUUAAGUCUACAUCGAUUUUUGAUUCUGAUAUCUAUGGAUUAACAUUUCUGUGAAAAAUUAGACUGAAUAUAAAACGGACUCAGAUGCAACAAGCAACAAGAUUAAUGUUUCGUAUCAGUAAAGCUUGUAGAUGAGUAGGCAACUAUAACUUGGGGGUUAUGGUAAACUAACUAACUUAAUUCGGUAACUUCUAUACCAAAAACGUAUAAUAUUUUGUAUGAUGUAACUAUUAUUAUUAUUAUUAGUGUAGAUGUCUUUUUGUAUGACUAGGUCCAUGGUCGUUGUGUAUGUAAUCACAACACAGAAGGGCUAAACUGUGAGCGCUGUCAGGACUUCUACCACGAUUUACCCUGGAGACCAGCAGAGGGACGAAACACACACGCCUGCAAGAGUAAGAAAAACACAGAAAUAUCAGAGGAGGGCAAAUUUUUUAAUGUUUCUGGCUUUUUAUCUUGGCUUUUUCAUGUUUUCUGCGAUGAAAGAUUGCAAGCUCUCCAAUAGCACGUCAAUUAGCAGGCUAGAAAUAUAAGUGCCAUGAUGUAAACUUGGUCCUUUGAAUAUUUCUUUUAACAUUAAAACAGAAAACACAAUAAUUAGUAUAUUUUUGAUGGUAAAUAUAUCAUUUGAGCAGUCUAGCUUAAUUUUUUAACUUCUCAUAUAACAAUUUCUUGUUUUUCAUUUAAAUAAAUUACACACCUUUUAUUUUAGGAUAAUGAUUAGUGAAAGAAAAGAUGUAAUAGAAACAUAAAUUUUUGUCAUUUUAACAAAAAAAGAUUUAUUUUAAUCAUAGCUGGUGAAAAAUUAGGAAUAAAAAUAGAAUUUAGUUGCAGUUACUUUCUUUACAAAUGAACAGAGAGGCUUAUUGAAUCUGACCGUGGACCCAUUGUUCUCAGGGUGUGAGUGUAACCAGCAUGCCAGUUCGUGUCACUUCGACAUGGCCGUGUACAAAACAACUGGCAACAUGAGCGGAGGCGUGUGCGACGACUGUCAACACAACACGGUGGGCCGACAGUGUGAGCAGUGCGCCCCCUUUUACUACCAGCAUCCAAACAGAGACCUGAGGGACCCCAACGUCUGCGAGCGUGAGUCACCUCUGUGUAACCUCUGACCUCUGAGUGCGUGCUGCUGUAUUUUUCCUCAUUCAUUACAUGAACUGUCUGUUAAAAAGCACGCCGGUGUCCUCCUCCUAAGGGAGAUUUUUCAGGCUGAGACACCUGGAGCUGAACUCAGUGACUGUGUUCAAGUCUUUGAAGUGAAAAGCAGAAAGUGGUUGUUGUAACAUCAUGAUUGGAGUUAAGUAGUGGGUACAUGUGGAAAUACUGCCGUGGAAAAAACACAGCCUCCCACUCUGUUUUCCUGUUUUUAAGGCAUAUCUUUAGAAAAUACUCAAACCUUUGCUCUUCAUUUCUUGUCUAAUUUUGUUUGUUGUCUUCGUAAAAAUGUCUCAGUCAUUCAAAAACAUGAAAACCUUGGUGGACAACAUUUAUUGAUGCAUGUUUCAGUCUCCACAGAUCAGAAAAAAAAGAUCUUAUUGGCUAUAAAGCAGAAGAAAGGGCUCAUUACUUGUGUCACCUGUGUUAAUCUAAGUGUUUCGUGUGUCCACAGCAUGUAGCUGUGACCCAGAUGGGUCUCUGCAGGGUGGGAUGUGUGACGCUCGGACUGAUGUGGCGGCCGGGCUGAUCUCAGGUCAGUGCCGAUGCAAAACCAACGUGGAGGGUGAGCGCUGUGAUCACUGCAGACAGGGAUACCACGGGCUGGGGAAGAGUCCAGGCGGCUGCUUACGUGAGUCUGCACCGUUUAUUUAAGCAAAAUUUUUAGAGUUUUAAAGGAGUAUUCUGUUCAAACCACAGGUUUUCAAAGUUUACUCUCACCAAAUACUCCUCUAUGUGCAACUUUCCCCCUGUUUUAUGUUCCUCUUGUUCCACGAUGUUGUUGGAUUUUGGUCAGUUUUGCUUUGUUAGGUCUUUAGUGCUUUACUACUCAAGUCUUUUACACCCCAAAUAUACUACAGCUGUCAGAAGUAUCUUCAUUUCAGUUUUAUAAAUGGAUUGAUCAAUUGAAUUUCUAGGUUGAAAAUAAGAGAGUAAAACUUAGAACUUUGUAAGAAGUAAAAAGUUCAGAUCUUUAUUUGUAGCACACUCAUGAAUACGGUAUUCAGACUGAAUAACAUUAUAAAACAUAUGUGACACUGUGUACUUAUCAAUCAUCACAGACAGGAUAUUGAAGCGCUACAGUCCGACACUCUGGUCUAGUUCAGUCUGAGGCCUUAUUGUUGCGUUGUGUGUUUUGGCAGCAUGUACCUGUAACCCGCUGGGCACCCUGCCGGGAGGAAACACCUGUGACCCGAACUCUGGAGGCUGCUACUGCAAACGCCUGGUUGAUGGAUACAACUGUGAUCAGUGUAUUGUACGGACACAUUUACAACUUAAAGCUUCAGUUUGGCGCCUCAUUUUGUACAGUUAUUACGUGUAUUGUAAUAGAGUCUCUUCUCUCCUCUCUGUAGCCCCAGCACUGGGGUCUAUCCAAUGACAUGGACGGGUGCAGACCAUGUGACUGUGACCAGGGAGGAGCUGUUAACCAGAAGUGGGUUUAGUUUGAGGAAAAGAUCACAGCAAUGAUCUUUGAAUGACAAAAUGUUGUAGACAGCAUGUCCUGAGAAGACUCUGAUAACUCUUUUGAAACAAAUAAUCAAGGACAGAUAUUUGGAGCAGAAAUCAGACCUAAAAAUGAACUGCGUCUCUCUCUCUUUCUCUCUUCAGCUGUGACCCUCACACCGGACAGUGCGAGUGCAGGGAGCACAUGUAUGGACGGCGCUGCGAUCAGGUCGAGUCCGGCUUCUAUUUCAUCGCUCUGGAUCACUACACCUACGAGGCAGAAGACGCUGAUCAUGGACCUGUGAGUGUGUUAACUGAACCACACCGUCUAUUCAAGGUGUCUCUUACCAGGAGAACCUCAGUGAAGCUUCGAUGACUUCUUCUUCUCUUUGUCAGGGAGUGACGGUGGUACCCAGGCCUUACCCUCAGGAUCGCAGCCCCACCUGGACGGGGAUGGGAUUUGUCAAUGUGCCAGAGGGAGCUUACUUGGAGUUCAACAUCAACAACAUCCCAGAGUCCAUGGACUAUGACAUCCUUGUUCGAUAUGAGCCUCAGGUAACACACACACCCCAUCUGAAUGAGCUGUAUACCUUCAUAUACUUGUAAGAAAAAUAACAAUAAAGUUUGAUUUGAUAAACUUAUGUGCGCCCUGAUCUAUUACCAGCUGCCGGAGCAGUGGGAGAAUGUGAACGUUCGAGUGCAGCGUCCCGUCUACAACCCUCCGAACUACUCGGGUCACUGCAGCAACACCAUCCAGAGCGGAGACGAGCAGUCCAUCUCUCUCACACCUGGAUCCAGGUAAAACAUUUGUUUACUUCACUGUGUUUCCAUAGCAACAACUUCACUACCCUCCGGCCAACCUUGUGUUGUGUUUCAGACAUGUGCUGCUCCUGAGGCCGGUGUGUUUCGAGAGAGGACUGAACUACACGAUCCGUCUGAGUCUGCCUCGCUACUCCUCAGCCAGCAGCAUCCAGAACCCGUACACGCUCAUCGACUCUGUACGUAAAUAAUCUCCAAGCAGUGUCUGACAGAAAAAAAAUUGCCCAUGAUUCUGCCACUUACAAUAUUUUACUUGUUUAAGACGGUGGAGCCAAAAGGAAAACAAAGAAACAAUCUUGUAGCUUUGGCUUCAAAGUAAUUAUACCUCAAAGAUUCACACCUUUACGUAACAGCUUGUAAGUGUUUCAUUAAUAAGCACAUUACUAAAGCAAAAAGAGAUGUUCUUUCCAAGAGAGGAGAAAGUUUGUACCUCUCUCUAACUUGUAGGGCAGCCAGGAGGCAGAUGUCCAAGUUUGGCAUAACGGCUUUAACACAAGAGGACAACUAGCCUGUCUGUCCUCUAAGCCGUCUGGAGAGUGAUGAUACUCAGCCAAGAAAAUUAAUGAAGCUCAAGCUCUAGCGAAACCACGAUUUAUUGUUCUCAUAUAUCAUAAAACUUGUUUUUCCACGGCUGUGCACAUCAAUUAAGUCGUCUUCCUCCUCUUGUUUCAGCUGGUGCUGAUUCCUCGGGUCAGAGAGAUGGAUUUCUUCCUCGGGAGUGAAGGUGAGGGAGCGUGGGAUACGUUCCAGCGUUACCGCUGUCUGGAGAGCAGCCAGAGCGUCGUCAAGAGCCCCAUGACCGACAUCUGUAACAACUACAUCUUUAGUGUGUCCGCUCUGCUGCACAAAGGAGCCAUGGGUAAGAAAUGGAAAGAGUAGAGCACCAUUAACAAAUAUUUACUUCUCCUUAUUAUUUAUUUAUGAUUUUUGUGAUAUCUCUUUUCUCCCAGCCUGUCAGUGUGACCCUCAGGGUUCUCUCAGCGCUGUGUGUGAGCCUAAUGGAGGUCAGUGUCGCUGUCGUCCCAAUGUUGUGGGCAGGAACUGUGAACAUUGCGCCCCGGCGACGUACCUGUUCAGCCCCGCUGGCUGCAGACGUGAGUGUUCGCGUAAAGUGAGCUUUGACUCGUGAUUUUUUCAUCAGCAGGAGUAGUACUGAUUGAAAUCUCUCCUUUAGCGUGCGAGUGUGACCUCGGAGGCUCGGUCAGUCCUUUCUGCCACGAGGCCACCGGUCAGUGUCAGUGCGUCCCCGGUGCCACAGGGCGUCAGUGCUCCCACUGUCUGCCGGGUUACUGGGGUUUCCCUCACUGCAGACCGUGUCAGUGUAACGGACACAGCGAGUACUGCCACCCUCAGACUGGAGAGUGUCAGGGCUGCAGAGAAUUUACCACAGGACACCACUGUGAGAGGUAAAACUUGGAAACAAGGAUGGAUGUUUGCAGAGAAAAAAAAACAAUUUUGUUUUAAAUCUUUAAAAUGUUUGGAAAGUUAUGAUCUUAUUUAGUUGGAGAGUUCAAACAGGACAUAACUUUGAUUGAUUUUUACAUUUUCUUUACUCCAAGGUGUCUGGAUGGUUACCAUGGUGAUCCAGAGCUGGGGUCAGGUGGUCACUGUCGCCCCUGCAUGUGCCCUGACGGACCUCGCAGUGGACGUCAGUUUUCAGACAGCUGUUACCUGCUGGCUCCAUCUAACCAGCUGGUGUGUGUGUGCAGUGCUGGAUAUAAAGGUAUAAUACACACACACACACACAGACUUGUUUUCAUGUAAACAACUUUUCAAAGUGUCACGUGUUGCUCUUUUGUCAUCAAGUCUCCACUCACAUGUCAGAACCUCAAACACCUCAAACCUACAGAAACACUCAUUUUCUUCCCGUUUCCUGUCCUCACUCAGGUGCCAGGUGUGAUCAGUGUGCUCCAGGUUUCUUUGGGAACCCUCUCGUUCCCGGAGGUCGCUGCCUGCCCUGUCAGUGUAACAACAACAUCGAUAUGCACGACCCCGGGUCAUGUGACGCACGUACGGGCGCCUGUCUCAAAUGCCUGUACCACACGGAGGGCUACGCCUGCCAGCACUGCAAGCUGGGUUACUAUGGCAACGCUGGCACCCAGAGCUGCAGGAGUGAGUACAGAUGUUAAUCUGACUUAAAGGGAUAUUUUGGCUUAAAAUUAAUUUAGGGUCAAACACACCGCUUGCUUCUCUAGUUAUACCAACUUUAGUAAUGACCACACAAUAGCAAUACACAGCAGUCUGAGGAGCCAUAAACAAACCACAACCAAAACGCCACUCUAUAGCCACAAAUAAUGCUCAGUACAGCACCUAACUUUAUCAACAGUACAUACAGGGUAUUUUACGUAGAAGAUGGCGCUCAUAGAAGUAGGUAGCAUUUUUAUUUCUCAAAGUAAGCCGGACACUUUUCUUCAUCAGAAGGUCAUCAUCAUAAACUUUGAGAAAACGAGAAAGAAACAGAAAACAGUGACGUACUGUUAACUAAAUAGCAAGGGCUACACAUGUGCAUAAAAACUUCUCAUUGCUGAACGCAGAGGAAACCUCUCCACAGGGACACAGUUUAAAGUUUCUCUCUGGGAGCCUCCAAAAUAGACAAUGUCUCAUUUAGAGAUGUGACUUGUAUUCUAUAUAUUACGGUAAUUUGCAAACACUGACAUUAAAGCAGUGAUGAAAAAAGUUAAAAAAGUUAUUUUGACCACCUUUAACCUUGAAGACUUUUGGUGCGUACACACUACUACUCUUGUAAAAGAAGUUUUUGAUAAACUUUCGGCUGAGGAAGUAACAGUGAAAAAGACAAAAGGCUUUUGGGUUUUUGGAGAAAGAUUUUAAGUGAUAGAUUAGAAUAGUUGACAUCCUUGGGACUCUAGUCUUAGCUGAGCCCUGAUUUUGAUCUGAACUAAAUGUGGUUUUAACAGUUAAAAUGAGCAUCCAGAGUCCUGCAGUGGACCUUCAGUUAUAAAAACCUGUAGACAUGGUUGAAGCUCUUGGUGGUAAACACUCUUUGUUGUGUUUUCUCCUCCUUGUGUGCAGAGUGCAUGUGUUACUCAGCAGGCACAGUACCUCAGGCCUGUUCGUCCCCCGAUGAGUGUCAGUGUAAUCAGGUCAGCGGUCAGUGUCCCUGCCUGCCAAACGUGGUCGGUCAGAACUGCGACCGCUGCGCCCCUGAUACCUGGAACCUGGCCAGCGAGACAGGCUGCCAACGCUGCGACUGCGACCCCGUCCACUCCUUUGGAUCCUCCUGUAAUCUGGUGAGUCAGACUCGGUGACAGCAACCUAAAGCCACAACCUGUGAUUAAAUCAAACAUCUGUCUGCGUCAUUUCCUGAUUUAUUCUUCCAGCAGCUGCUUCGAUUCGCUCCCUCCUCUCUCUGAACUGAUUCCCACACAGUCUUGUCUCUCAGUGAGCUUUUGUUUCCAGAGUUUUUCUUACACAAUUCAGGGAUAUCUUCCAACAAAAUCACUCUCAGAGCAAACCUGUAGGGAGCCACUCACUCACUGUGACCAAUCCUGAUCACAAAGGCUUGUGUUUGUGAAAUCUUUUGAUAUAUGGACUCCAGCUGUUUGGGAAUUUCUUCUCUCCAGGUCCCUCUGUAGCUCUGUUUUCCUCAGACGCCUAAAAUCUGCAUGUGUUUAGACUGAAACCUGGACAUAAAGAGCAGAAUAACGUGCACUCUCUCAGACACAAACACUGGGCUUUCUGUGUUUACUGGCUGCUCUCCAUCUGAGGAAGGAAGUCUGAGAAUACUCUUGAGGGAUAACUAAAUUCACAUUUCUGUGAGAGGGCUGAGUCGUAUCAAAGUACAGAGGUCUAUUGUGUCUUUGUGAGGGAGAAAAGACACAAAAACGCCACUUUGGGCCCCAAAAUUAUACAAUUUAACACAAAAAAUCUAACAUUUAAGGCUUUAAUUCUCAACCUCACUCUAAUAAAUCAUCUCCAGUUGUUGAUUUUUGCGUCCCUGUUGCUCUGUAGGUCACGGGACAGUGCGCGUGCAGACCUGGUUUUGGCGGCAAGACAUGUCGGGAGUGCAAAGAGCUCUUCUGGGGAGAUCCAGUGGUCAAAUGUCACGGUAGGUUACUGCAACAUUAUUAUAGCAAACUAACAGUUUUUACCAUGCUCAUGCUGAGCGAACCUCAGGAGGCACUUUAUUCUCUGAAAUUUGAAUACAAAUUGCGUGUUUAAUCCGGUCAUUUGAUGCAGACAGUGAUUUAUGUUCAAUCAGAAUCAGGAUUAGUUUGAGGUUUAUUAGCAGUUUUACACAGAUGAGGAAUUUGUCUUAGUGUUGUGGUCCUAAAACAACGAACACAGAGUACAAGCUGGAAAUAUAUACAAGUAAAAAUGUACAUAUCUGAAACCUUCAAUAGAAAAAGGCACAAAUGUCAAAAUGUGUAAAACUAUAAAAGGCAGAAUGUAAUCCAAAUGUAUGCAGGAGCUGCACAUGUGUACAGGAAGGGUGCAGGAUGUGCAAAAGUGUGAAUAUAAACAUCACAGAAUAUAAUCUAACAGUAUCUGUCCGUUGUGCAUUAAUGUAAAAAGUCUCAUUGUAACUGAGUAUUUACAGCUUCUUUUUCCUGCCUUUAAACGGCCAAACACUUCAAGUUUAUUCACAAAAGGUUAAAAGUUUCAGCUCCGGAUUCUUUCGAGCGUUUCUGAGUUACUAUCUCCCGGGCCUGGACUGCAGCCGUUCUCCCUUCCUGCUCUUUCGGGGGGCUUGUUGACAUUCCUUCUGUUCCUCAGUGUGUCAGACUGUCAGAGUGAGGUCAGGUAAAAAACGCAGCUAAAAACACGCCACUGUCAGGUCAUGAAACACUCCUCCUGCACUUUUACCAACCCCAAAUGGAUAUGAGCGGGUUUUAAAACAGCCUUAAAUCUCAGGGUUCCUGUUUGAUUUCAAAUCAGGGAGCUGAAGCACAGAUCCAAAACAGAGGGAAACAUCAGUGUCCAAACACUUCCUCCACUCUACUCCUGUGUUUAUACAGCCUUUAAAACUCAUUAUAUCUUUUUUUCUUGUUCUUGUUUUCCACUUUCUCAUGGGAUAUGAUUUCCACUGAGUCAUCACGUGGAAGGACUUGAGGUUUAGAUUAGUUUUCCACCAUUUUCAGCUUUUAUUUGAGUAUCUGAGGCUCAUUAUCCUAAAGAAAACAUACCGGUAGUGAGUGUGAAACAGCUUCGAUGAGUCCAUAGAGGUUUUAUCAUCUCCUGAAUAAACCAUCUGAGAGCUCAUCUUCACUUAGAGAAAGAGAGAGGGAUUGGAGAAGAGAAAACAUGGAUGUAAAAAAAGAGAAAGAGGAUCUGGGAAUGACCUCUGGUUCCCAGCUCAUGGGAACCAGAUGUUCUCCAGAACUCCCAGGCAUCCCGUUUUCGUCAUGUACAACACCCAGAGAGCCGAGGAAUCCUGAAAUAUUCCCGCUGUAUUCCCUAAAGGUCUCUUAAGCUCUUAAAGCAGCUGGGCCGCCUGCACAGAUGAUCCGCUGAUGUAUGGAUUCAUGGGAAAUCUGAACAUCUGUGGCCACCGUACGGACAGAUGUGUGGGAGAAAUGUGAAGUUAUGUGAGAGUUAUGCGCCGCUUGUUGGCAUCUUUGUGUGAUUUGAGAGGACCAAACUGAGCAGCUGUUAUUAGUAUGCGGCUGCAGUUGCCUUAAAUGACCCAUAAUCACCACUCCUGUCCCGACUCUCCCUUGAGUAAUAUUUCACUGUGACAAAAAAAACAAAACUUCAAACCCAACCUCCACCUCCUGCCCCAUAAAUCACACUAAUAAAGAAAGCAACACCAAUGGUGCAAACCUCUCCAACAGAGCAUUCCUUCUUCUUGACUUACACUAAACCUCCUCCUCCUCCUCAUCGGGAGGCCAAUAUUCUGGGUCAGUAUGAUCUUUGAGGUCAGGGUCAUGACUUUGUUUUAGCUCUGGAGGUGUUGGAGGUUGGAUAAAGUUUGUUUUUUGAUGACUAAUUUCCCUUGAGAGCUUCAUGGUAGAUUAUAGAGUCCAUUCGGUGUGGACGCCAAGCCAUAUUUUAGUCAUAUUAAAGUCAACUUUUUUACUCAACAAUAUUUUUAUUAGUUUUAUACAGUUUAAUACAGUAAAUACAUCUCUUGAAAGAGCACAAGAUACAAAGGAAACACAUCAAAAACACACCCUUUCCCUCAAAACCCUGUCUACUGCUGGAUAUUUCUAUUACUGUGCUUAAAUAACAAAUUCUGGAGCUAAAACAAAAAUAAAAUAAAUGCUGGAAUUCAGGUUUUGUAGAUCUUGAAACAUGUAAGACGUUGAGAAAUAAAAAGUUAUAAAGAAAAUAAGUUACAUGAACUGCUGUACGUUAAGAGAAAUACAUAUAUAGACAAGUCGCUGAAAACUGAAAAAGUCCAUAAAAGAGAUGAGAAUUUCAGUUGUAUGAUUAUAAAACAUCACAGAUAUAUAUUUCAAAAAGAAAACAAGAAGAAAACAAGAAGAGGAGAGUGCUGAUUCAAAAUGAUGAGAACUUCUGAAUGUAGUCUAGAAAAGGUCUCCAAACCUUUUUGAAUUUUACAUCAUGACCUGCAACCGAGUAACGAAUCUUCUCAAGGUCAAAACAAGACGUAAGGUCUUUCAGCCACCGACUGUGAGUGGGCGGGGCAGCAUUCCUCCGUCUAAGGAGAACCGCACGUCUGACCAGGACACUGUGAGGAGUUUUUAAUGCCUCAGAGUUUUGCAACACUUGACCGUAAAAAGUCAGCAGAAUCGAUUGCUUCUUACGCAAGUAGAGGACAAGAUAAGCAAAAACUGCUUCGUCUCUGAAUGUUUCUCACAAGCUGAAAUGUGAAGUGAAAAGACAUAUCGUUUUAACUUCCCAGCUGGGAUGUUUGCAUGCAUAGUAGUUCCAUUACAUGUCAUGACAUCUGUUAAAUGGCCUGCAACAUGUCAAGCUGCCACCACUACUUUUUGAUCAAUGAUUAUCUAAAAAACCUUGCAAACAGAUUAGAGAAGCAAACUGAAUGUUACGUCUGUAUCCAUAUCAUACGACUGUAGAAUGUAAACAUGUACGUGUUGCUGCUGCUAUCAACAAUAGCCUUGGAAAUGAUCGACUAAAUGUGACGGGGGAUUUCCUGCUGGUCCUGCUGCCUGUUAAUCUUGUGGCCACAUAUACAGGCUGCUUAAAGGACCACAGAGUGUUUACUUUCAGUUUCUACACCUGUAGUGUGCAGAUUUUCCCUGAUUUUCUUCCUGUGUGUUUCCAGCUUGUGAAUGUAACCCUCUGGGAAUCUCCAGCGAGCAGUGCCAUCGCGCCACAGGUCAGUGUGCCUGCGUGGAAGGCGUGGCCGGCCUCAGGUGUGACGAGUGCGCCAGAGGCUACCAGGGUGAGUUCCCCAACUGUGAACCCUGUGACCCCUGCUUUGCCGUGUGGGACACCGUGGUCGGCGAACUGACCAAUCAAACCAAGCGUCUAGAGGCCCAAGUUGCAGAGCUCAAGACGACUGGGGUGACGGCGCCGUAUAAAGAGUUGAUCGGCAGCCUGGAGAGAAACAUUAAAGCUGUUAGAGAGAUAAUAGAGAGCAAUCCUGCUGGAGUGAAGCUGGAUCAGAUUCAGGAGCUGAUGAACCACAUCACGUAUGUAAAGGAACAUACACAGAUCCAUGAAGAGAUGAUGGAGGGUCCUAAAGUACUUUUAUCAUUGUUGUUUCAGAGGUGUGAUGUCCUACCUGAACAUCAAGCUGAACACAACAGAGGAGGGCCUGAACCUUCUCCACAGUGACGCCAACGCCACAGACGCAAACCUGGACGCACUGACCGAUGAGGCCAACCGUCUGGAGCAGAGAGUCAAAGACUUGAGACAGGAAGUGUACGACGCCAAGAACGCCAACCUCCAGGGUAAGAGCACAGCUGUACAGUCAAACUGAAUGUCUAAGGGUGGUUUGUUUUGACUCGACAAAGAGGUCAAACGAGCUCCAGCAACACUUCUAGUUCAGGAAAACAGCUUUAUUCGUGUCGAAGAGUCCUGAUGAAGGCGACAACCAGAAACGCGUCGGUCGAAUAAAGCUGUUUUCCUGAACUACAAGUGUUGCUGGAGCUCUUUUGGUGAAGUUGUGCCAGAACUUUUGUCCUCAAAUUUUGACUCAACUAAGCAAUUGAGUGGAUUUGAAGGGGAUUGAAAAAUAAAUCAGUGUAUCAUCAGCGUACAGUUUCACAUUCAAGUGUUGUGAAUUUUUUCUCCAUCGACUCCUCAUAAAUGCCACUUUCUCGAAUUUUAGCAUCAUUUUUUUUAUUCGUUUGUAAAAUUUUGGAACUUUUUACGAGUACUGAGGCCUUUUUGCUCCAUUAUUUAUCAUUUUAAAAGCUAAAAGAAAACAGAGAUGUUGCCACUGUGUCAACAGGCAGAGGGGAAACAUGCCAGAAUAAUUUUACUAGAUUGAUUUCAUUUGACAUAUCUGAUCAGAUUGUUGCUUCUGCUGUUCAUUAAUUGAUUACUGUCAAUCAAUAAGUUGUAAUGGCGGUUCAACCAAUCAGAAACAAGUAUUUAACACAGCUUGAAUAUUUGUGACUCCUGGACACACAGAGACCUUUUAAUCCAAUUUAUCAAUCUUGUGUUUUUAGGUGCAAUGGACACUAUUUCAGAUGCGUACGAUCUGUCACAGUUGGCCGAGUUACGCGCCAACAUCUCCACCAGCAGCCCUGGAAACAUGGUGGAGCGCUCAGCCUCAGUACGGAAAGCCACAGAGGACAAACUCAGCGGCGGUCAGAAGGAGUUUAACCGCAAGCUCCAAAGAAACGUUCAGAAACUUGACAAACUGUCCAACGACCUGGAUAACUUUGACCUGACACCUCUUAGUGAGAAGGUUGGAAACGCUUAAAGACCACAGAGUAAAAAGACAACUUUUAUUAUCUUCUAAUGAUGAUUUUGUCGUAUUUAUGCUCUCCCUGCAGACAUGUGGUGGUGCAGCUGAAGGUGAAAGCUGCUCCGGCUCCCCCUGUGGUGGUUUGGGUUGUGUUGGAGAGGAUGGAGUGUCUCAUUGUGGUGGUAAAGACUGUGCAGGUAUAGCUACAACUUCCCAAAAUGUUCUCAAAUCAGCCAAAGAUCUGGAUCAGGAGAUCCUCACUGCCACGCAGGAGGUGGACAAGCUCUCCAGGAUGGUGAGUGAAGAAAAAACGAAUAAACUCAACAUAGAUAAAAGCAAAUAUCUAAUUUAACUCUUCUUUUGUGAGGUUUGGGAAGCCAAUACCAGAGCUAACAAGGCCAAAGCAGACGCUCAGCAGGUGCUGAUCAAAGCUAACCAGAGCAAAGAGAGGGUGGAGCAGAGCAACGACCAGCUCCGCAACCUCAUCAAGGAGAUACGAGACCUUCUGACCAGUGAGUGUCACACAUAAACAAACAGUUUGUCCAGAUCUUUAAUAUCAAUUCCAGGUCCACAAAGAUUCUGUCAAUAAUUUAAGUAUCCACGUUUGAAGACCUGAUUGUCUGAAGGUUUGCAGAAGGACUGACUGUGUUAUGUUUCUACUAAUCCAGAUGAAAAGGCGGACGUUUCAGUGAUCGAGGCGGUGGCCAACGAGGUGCUGGCUCUGGAGAUGCCGACGUCAUCAGAGAAGUUGAAGGAGCUGACGAACGAGAUCAGGGAGAAGGUCGGCACUCUGACCAGCGUGGAGGAGAUCCUCACUCAGAGUGCCCAGGACAUCCAGAAGGCUGAGGCGCUGCUCAAACAGGCCAAGGUUGCGAGGUAAUCCUUCAGUCCAGGGAAUGAAAAAAAGGGAAACUAAAUAUAAAAUGGAUUUAAUGUGUUAUAGAUGUUGUAUGUUUAUUUGUUUCUAUGGCUUUUUUUAAGUAAGUUUUUUCUCCUGGAUAAUUAAAGGUUUCAUAAAAAAAUAAGUCAAUACAAAGAGCUUAUCACAUAUCAACACAACAUGAGGUGCACCUCUCAAUUUCGCCCAGCAGAGGUCUCCUUUUGUCUCUUAUAAACCACAUGUUAUGUUUCAGAAUAAAAAAGAUCUUACGGUGGUAAAAAUUAAGAACAGAUGGUUAACUCGUAAGUUUUCUGUCCAUCAGUGAGAAAGCAUCCACUAUGAAAGAGACAGCUGAUGCCGUUCAGGCAGCUCUGGCUGAGACUGAGCGUGCUCAGACCAUCGCCAUGGACGCCAUCCACCUGGCCCAGAACAACACAAGAGGAACCCUGGACCUGCUUUUAACAGUGAGUGAUCGGACAACCCACAGAAACACACAGAAACUCAGUGUUUUUCAUAUAUUCAAUGAUGUUUCCAAUUUUUUUAACCUUUUUAAAACAUCACCUUAUGCUGUCAUGUGCUCAUAAGUGAAGAUUUAACACCACCCAGUGUUUAUCGCCAUGAAUUGACUCCUGAUGUUUGUACAUUUUUCUCAGAAACUCACUCCAAAUAUGUUUUUAUGUCUUUAACUCCUACUUAACAUUACAAAUAUGAAAAUGUAUUUUUUUUUUUACAGAUAGCUCAGGCAGUAAAUUUUAAUAACCUGCCCUUAUCUUUAAUAGUUUUUCGAAGCAUUGAAAGGAAACCUCUCUUCCUUUUUUAUGUGUAACAUUUGGCUACAGUCGAUAUCUCAUCAGCUUUUUAUCACUUUUUUAACAGCCCUCCUCCUGAAUGAUGCUGAGUUUUUAACGAUGCACGAGUCUCAUUUUUCACUUCAAUGUGUUCGUGUGUGUCUUUGUGUGUGUGUGUCAGGUGGAGUCGGAGACGGCUGACUCAGAGCUGAAGCUCAGUAACACGACAGGUCGUCUGCUUCAGCUGGAGCGGGAGGUCGGCCUGCUCAGACAGAACAACCUGGAGGUGACCCGGCUCGCCGAGACGGCCGACUGGGUCGCGGACCAGGCCAGACUGACAGCAGAGGAGGCCCAGCAGGUCUGUUUCACACACACGUACACACACACACUGUAUCAUUUGAUCCUGCUGAAGUGUCUCAUGUAAACCCUUACCUUUGUGUGUGAAGGAGUUUGACUUGGAGGUCAAAGACAGGUUCGAGGACGUAAAGGAGCAGGUGGAGGAUAAAGGAGAGGCAGUGGUGCUGGCGAAGAGGAAAGCAGACCAGCUGCAGCAGGAGGCCAAAGAGCUGCUCGCUCAGAGCACCAGCAAGCUGCAGAGACUCCAAGGUAGACAUCUGACAUACUUUCAUGCUAAAUGUUGACACACAGUCAUCAAACACUGAUUUUCUCUUCUGUCUUCAGAGCUGGAGAGCUCCUACGAGUCCAACCAGCAAAUCCUGGAGUCCAGAGCUGCGGAGCUGGUCGAGCUGGAGCAGACCGUCCGCAGGAUCCUGGAGGAGAUCAGCCACAAAGUGACGCUGUACAGCACCUGCCUGUGAUGAUCAGCUGAUAACAGCUCCUCAAGACUAUUCACUGUUCUGAAAUGAACCGGCUGGGAUUUUAAAAAGUGCCAAACGUUUUAAAGAUACUGCUCCCAAAUGAUUCCAAGUGUUUGAGCCAAAAGUUUGUUGCGAGUGUGUGUCAGCCAACAUCUCUAACACUCAGACAGCUGUGCCAAAAAGUGUUUUAACAGCAGAGACCAGAUGAAAAGCUGCCAAAGACCAUUAAAGUAUUAAAGUCCCAAAGGAAACCACUGAAAGCCAAAGUGACCUCAGUGCUAAAAACAGAGUUUAGAAUUUACAAUAAGUUACACUGUAAGAGAAACUUUUUUAAACUAUGUAUUUUAAUAUAUGAAUUUUUACAGAAUUAAUAAAGUUUUAUUCAAACUAAAAAAGCCAAAGAUAUGAAACAUGAAGAGGACCAAACAAACAUUUCAAUGGUUUUGUUACUGCAGAAAAAUGUUGAAAUUUGACCUAAAAUAAAGUUACUGAAACAGCUUA